CAAAAAAAUUUUCCACUUUCACUGAUGACACAAGUUUAGACCACCACAUACAUGGCUACAACACAACACGCGGAAAAAAAUCAAUCAUAAUUUAAACAUUACAGCAUUGCUCAGUUGGUGACAGUGAUCAAAACACAAAAUAUGGCAGAUACGUCAAAAGCACAAAAACUGGCAUCUGGCAAAAAAAGGUUCAAGGAACUAAAGGACCAGCGAAAACAGAAUGCCGCCUCGCAAAAGACGCCCGAGAACGGGACCCCGGCGAACAGUAUGGCCAGCUCCACCCACAGUGUGGAGGAACCACCCCCAACUGCCACACUGCCCAACUACUUCAGUGCUUCUGUGCCUGAGCCAGCUGCUUUUUUCGAUAAUUUAACUAGUACACAGCCUUCAUACUCUUAUGAACCAAAUGGGGCCUUCACAAACACUCCAGCCAACUAUUUUGAUGGUCAGGACAGGGGUGAGAACUUCUUUGAUCAGCCACAGAAUGAACCUACACCAGACUCACUGACUUUGGAUUAUCCAGAGGUGCAACAUAAUCUUUUCAAUCACACAACACACGCGGCGGCGGUUAGCGACAAAGAUGCACAAGAACUGGUUAGUUACAUGCAACAGACUCCCAGUGAAGUUACAGACACAUUCAAGGAGGAAACUCUCAAUAAACCUGACAUUCAGGGACAUUCCAACAUUGAAAGCCUAAGACAGCUUUCAGACCAGAUGGCUGAGUUGAUUGACUCCAACUCUGAAUAUGCUGUUUCAACUUCAAUUACCGACUUGGAGAAGAGGAAUUUGGAGUUGGCGGCGUUGUACGAACAGGAGAAAAUCAAAACGGAACAGCUGUCGUCCAGUUUAAGAGAUGUGCAGAACAAAAACAAGGAUCUGGAGGAGCAGCUCAAGCAGAAAGACCUGAGCACUGACAUACUAGCCACACAACAAUUUAGCAGGCUCAAGGAUGAGUUGCAGAGUCAGAUACAAAUUAAUGGCAUGUUGAUUGCGGAGAAAACCGAACUGGCGACAAGCCUGACCCAAUUGGAGCUGAAUCACAAGCAAAAAACUGUCGAAUGCGAGGAACUACAGGCGAGACUGAAGACUUCCAGGUCCUCAGUCGCCGAUUUGCAAAGGGAGAUCCACAAUUUAAAGGCGGAGAGGUCGAAGAUCGAUAGUCUGGGCAAGGAACAGUUGGAUCAGUACGAAAAACUCGGGAUAGAAUACAAGAAACUGAAGGAGUACAAUGAGGAAAUACAUCAGGAUUUGCAGGAAGCAAGAGAAAAACUGAAACAAACUGGGGAGGAAAACGUCAAUUUGAUGCACCAGGUGCAAGAAGUUAACAGCAAAUUGUCCUUGGCCAACAUCAAAAUACAGCAACUAACCACAGGUGAGAGUCAUCAGGUGGAAGCGCAAAUUGAGCAGUUGACAGGCGAGAAGUUCGCCUUAGAAAAGCAAGUUUCCAGCCUUAAUCAGAUGUUGAAGACGUUGCAAAAGGAGAGGGAUGAAUCAAGUCAGCAAUACCAACAGUAUGCUGAACAAUUAAAUGGACAGGUCUACAGUUUGUCCAACACAAUAGAACAGCUCAACAAAGAGAAGGAAAAUCUGAUAAUUCAGGACCAGAACAGGGUCAAACACUUGGGCGAACUCGAAAGACAGUUGCAGAAUUUGCAGAACGAGCACGUGGACUUCGCCAGUCAGAAAUCGGGUAGCGACACGAACCUGAAGAACGACUACGAGGCGACGAAGGAGCUGCUGGUGCAGGUGCAAAUCGAUAAGACGAACCUGGAGGAAAGCUACACGAAAGUGGCGAACGAAAAGGAGAUGCUGCUCAAGGAGCUGGCGGCGAAGAACGAGUCCCUGUCGCAGCUGGAGAGCAUGGUGGAACAGCUGCGCGGCAACCAGCCGGAUAGCGUAAAGUUGCUGGCGACAAUGGAGAGCGACAAGGUCGCGGCUGCUCGCGCAGUCGCACAAAACAAGGAGCUCAAACAACAAAUGGAGGGGAUGAAUGAGGUGUUCAUGAAGCUGAACAACGACAAGGUGGAGCUAACGGAGAAGCUGGCGGUGGAAAAGAAGAGCAACAAGGAACUGUUUGACAAGCUUCAAAAAACGGAAAUCACGCUGCAAACUCUGGCGGACGCGAUAGAAAUAAAGGAUCGUGAACUGUCGAGUUUGCGUGACAGUUCAGAAACGCUGAGCAAACAGAUGCUCCAUCAGGAACAGUUGAACGACAGACUCCGUCACUACGAAGCCAAAGAUCACUGUUCACACGCUUUGGAAACCGAAUUGCAAGACGCCAAAAGUGUGAUAGCCCGUUUGACGAACGAAUUGAACGAGUUGAAGAACGGCCAGACGGUUAACAGCAACGGCCUAAGUCACGAAGAUGAACACUUGAAGGACAAGUUGGCUCAACUACAGCUGCGAAACGAAGAGUUGGAGAGGAAAGUGCAUGAGGGCGGCAAAAUCGAUGUUAUUGACUCGAUAUCGAAUAAGGAUAAAAACGAUAACGACGAGCUGGAUAAGGAGGUUGCAAUGAAAUACCUGGAGGAUAAGUUCACGCGGACAAUGCAGGACAUUGCCGAGUUGCAGGACGAAAAACAAAGGUUGGAGCAUUUGGUUCUGCAGCUGCAAAGCGAAACUGAAACUAUCGGCGAGUACGUCGCCUUGUAUCAACAUCAGAGGAUGGUUCUUAAGCAGAGGGCUCUGGAAAAGGAUCAACAGUUGAAGCAGCUGGCUUGCGACAGGGAGCAGAUGAAGGAAAAGCUGCAGAAGCUCAACAGACUCAUACACAAAAUCACCAACAAGGAGAGUUUGAAUGUUAACAAUAUUAAUCUGCAGGAAGGACAGACAGAAAAGGAUUUGCAGGUUGACAAUGAAGAAAAACACCACAAUGUGGUGGUGAAGGAAGGGGAAACGGCUAAAGAAAUAAUCGAAUUGUUGGGCGAGAUUGAGACCAGCAAUUUGGUACAACCCACCAAUGAGGACUUCCAUCAUUGUCCCUGGUGUUCAGGGAAAUUGAUUACUGUUUAAGGAUUAUGUAUUUUCGAACUGUAUUGUUGUGAUUAUGUUAUUUUAUUGGAAAUAUUGUAAAUAUUGCUUACAUAAAUUUAUAUAAGAGAUUUUAAAUAAAAAUAUUA